UUUAGAUAUCCAAAAGUCAAACUUGUCAGUUUAGGUUAGGUUCAUUGACAUGUCAAUUCGCCCCUUAAAAACAGCCCACAAUGACCACUACAAAAUCAAAUAUGCGUGAAUUAGAAGCCACAGCUAAAGCCUCGGCCACGGCGCACGUAAUCAACAUGUUUCAAAGACCAGGCCAAUUGGAAAAAGUUGAUCACUUGAAACGCCGUCUCACACGUAAGAAAAACUCCGUAGAGGCCCUCCUAAAGUCCGCAAUGCAGCAACAACUCGACGGAGUCCGCGUGGGCCUUAACCAACUCCAUUGUUGCCUCGAAGACGUCCGCGAGAUUGACACGAGCAUCAAAAAAAUGUUCUCUUUAUUUAACGAAGUCCCCGAGUUGUGCACCAAACUGAAUCAAGUACGGGACGAAAAUAUGCGACAUUCGCAAUAUGUGACUGCGCGCGAGAAUUUGAAACACAUUUUUACGGUGCCAGAAAGUGUGGAAAAGACCAAACAGUGGAUAAAUGAAGGGAAGCUCCUCCAUACACACCAGUGUUUGAGGGAUUUGGAAAUGUCUCGUGAUGAUUUGCUUUACGAAUUGCAUAAAUUACCGAAUCAGUCGCCGCAUGAUAAAUCGAUGCUUAAGGCGUAUUUUGCCGACGUUGAAACUUUAUCGAAUUUAUUAGAAAAACAAUUGAGGUUAAUUUUGUCGCGUACACUGAAUACAGUGAGAAAAGAACCAACUGUGAUUGUCACAGCUCUCCGGAUAAUCGAACGAGAGGAAAAAACCGAUCAAGAAGCAUUAAAACAGGCGAAACAAACCGGUUUCCUGCCCCCUGGACGGCCCAAAAAGUGGAAAGAAAUGGCAUUCGAAGUGUUAGAAAAGUCGGUGGCUACCAGAAUUGAAGGGACACAAGUGGACGAACGCGAAGACAACAAACAUUGGCUCAUACGCUACUUAGAAUUAACGCGACAACUAAUUUUGGAAGAUUUACGAGUCGUUAAAACUUUAUGUGUCCCCUGCUUCCCUCCGAGAUAUGGAAUUAUCGAUAAAUACAUCCAAAUGUACCACCACUGCUUGUCCCGACACUUACAAGAAGUUAUUCAAAACGGAAUACAAGGGAAUGAAUACGUUACAAUACUGUCAUGGGUUAGCAAGACUUACCAAGGCGCUGAAUUGCUAGGUCACCCUGAUUUAAUCGAAUAUACCAAACACUUAGACCCUUUGCUCCCCCAAGCCGUUAUGGAGACUCUCGAAGCCGAUUAUUUGCGAAACAUUGAAAUAAAUUACGGAGAAUGGAUGCGAAACACUUUAAAUUCAGAAGAGCAAGAAUGGAGAUCCAAUAUUGAACCAAACUCCGAUAAUUAUACCCGAACUGCAGCUCCCAUUAUAAUAUUCCAAAUGAUCGACCAGAAUCUACAAGUAUGUAAAACAAUAAGCGACGAAAUGACGUGCAAAGUCCUAAUUUUGAGCAUAGGACAAGUCAUAAAUUACGGAGACAUGUAUCGGAAAGCAGUUGUCGAAUUUAAAAAUAAAUAUUUCGAAGACCGAAAACAGGUCCCGUAUUUCACCCAAUAUAUGAUUAUGAUUGUCAAUAAUUGUCUUCAACUGGCCGAUUUGGGGUCUCAGUUGGAAAAACAGUAUUGGACUCCCUCAUCUCCCCCAGCACUCGGUGAGAAUUUUAACCGAUUGAGGACAACUUUCAUUCAAUUACGAAACGACUCCGGUGACUUUUUACUCGAAGAAUUGUUCUUAGAUUUGGACAAACACUUUGAUGAAUUAUUCACCCCCCGUUGGUUGGGUACUUCCCUCCCCGUGGACACAAUAUGUGCAACUCUCGAUGACUAUUUUCAAGACUAUAAUCGUCUCAGUGAACCCAAUUACAAGUUCAUUGUCCACCAAGCCCGCUCUUUGGUCUCUAAACGCUACUUAACCGCAUUACUAUCGAAAAAAGUCACUUUUAAAACCUACGAAGAGAGCGUCCAAGCUAGUGGAAAAAUCGUGAAAGAGGCCAAACAAUUAGGAAAAUUACUAGACACAUUGUGUAGUUUAGAAGGCGAUGACCCUUUUGAGAGUGUCAUUUUGUUAACGGAAGUAUUAAAAAGCGACGAUGAUAUGUUAUCCUUUGAACUACAUAGAAUUGUUGAAAAGUAUCCCGAUAUCACCGAAGACCAUUUAUUACGACUGUUGAGUCUGAGAGGUGAUCUUGCGAGGUCAGAUAUUCGCGAUAAAGUCGCGCAUUUGCCCAAAGUUAAGGCCACGCACCAAAGCAGCGUUUUUAGGUCGCUGGUGUUUCCGAAACUUGUUAAUCUCAAUGUAUUCAAUAACUAAACUUUGUUACUAUAAA